AUGGGUUCCAAAACUUCUCUUCUCCUCCUCCAACUCUCUCUUCUUGCAGCAGGGGUAGUUUCGGACGACGUGAUAUUCCAUUUUGAGAACCAAUGCCCAUAUUCAAUAUGGCUAUCCUCAAACUCACCCAUCGGAGACGCCGACCCGGAGAGUCCAUCCUACACUCUCGAGAUCUUUAUUAUGCCCGACACAUGGACUGGCUCUUUGUGGGCCCGUACAAAGUGCUCCAACGACCAAGACUACCAUUUCUCCUGUGAAACCGGCGAUUGCGGGUCUGGCACCAUCUUCUGCGACUCCACUCCACCGGCUCUCCCGGUCACCCUCCUCGACUUUGCCAUCAACAACUCCAUUGUUCACUACGACCUUAGCCUCAAACAUGGCUUCAAUAUUCCGGUCCGGAUCCAGCCCGAUGGCGGUCACCUCGUCGAUGGUGGCUCCGGCCACUGCCCCACCGUCGACUGCAUCCAAGACUUGGGCAAUGUCUGCCCGUCGUUUCUCGUUGCCAAGAAUAAGGACGGCGCGUACAUCGGCUGCUACAGCGCGUGCGACGCGCUGAAGUCGCCAGAGUAUUGCUGCAGCAGUUCCGAUUGCCAGCCGGAUCAGUACUCUGAGAAGUUUAAGGAAUUGUGCGGUUUGGCGCGCGUAUAUCCCGGGGAUAAUACUCCACCGACAUACGGAUGUACUGGUUUUAAUACUAUUAACGUUACCUUCUGUCCUAUAAUUUAG